AGCUCUACACGGUCUAAACUGCAGACUAAACUUUUCCUGUAUGAUUUUCUGGGAACAGAACUAAAUCCAGCCUCUUUUUGAACUCUUUUGUUUGGGGUCUGAUGGUUCGGCUCUCAACCUCAAGCCCUCCCGGAGCGGUGUGUUUAAAAGCUCUGGUCAAAGCCAACUUGUCUUUAUGAACACUGCCAGCACCGAGUCUGACUGGAUAUUUUGCCUCUGACAGUACUCUUGUGGCACCAGGCCUUUUUAGAGCUGUUACGUCAACUCUUUGAGGCUACUUUACAGCUAUUAGGCUUUUAGUUGAACGGCUACCAUUACCAGGGGUUUUAAGGGGACUAUCCUCUUUCUGUACCUGUGCCAACACCAGAAUUGUGCUUGGAACUCCACUGAUAGCACUUUCUUUCUGGUUUCCCAGCUUGUAUCAGUCAUCGCUUCAGUGCUAGAACAGCGAGCUGAAUUGUUCCUGGACUUUGUGUCUAUACUAGAAAACAGUACCAAACUCUCUUUAGUGUCACUCUGGACCCUCUGCUGUUUUCAGUCUCUCUCUGGACAUUAGACUUUCAUACUCCCUUCCUCUCUGCGUUUUCUACCAGUCUGAAAAUAUUUAUGGACGCUCUCUUGGUACUGGGAAUAGUUCAGAUUGUGUGCUUGGCUUUGGGGUGAGCAGUAUGGUGGCGGGGCAGGGACCCUUCAGCCUGCUGGUACAGCGGUUUAACUCUGGAUGCUCAGUGGCAAACAGCAGCAUGGGAAAAGAGGUUAAGGAGCCCAGCACCAAGCGCAGUAAGCCUGUAUCCCGGGUAGCAUCUCUGGCCAGCCUGCUGCCCCCCGUCAAGACAACGCCGCUGAAGAGGAUUGGCCAGACACUGCAGCGCACCAUCAGUCUUCGUAAUGAGGCAGAGAGAGCUGCUCCUCCUCCUCCUCCUUCCUCCUCGACAAAGACACGUGUUAUCUCAGCGACACUCUCGAACCCUUCGUCCUCCAUGACUGCCCCGAGGGUUUCAACCGCAGCUGCUCCGGCCUCCAAGCGUCGGGACAGCAAGCUGUGGAGCGAGACAUUUGACGUCCGACUGGGAGCGGCACAACCUCUGAGCCCCAAAGAGAUAAAACGACAAGAGGCUAUAUUUGAGCUGGCUCAGGGCGAGCAGGAUUUGGUGGAGGAUCUGAAGUUGGCCAAGAAGGCCUACCACGACCCAAUGCUCAAGCUAUCCAUCAUGACCGAGCAAGAACUGAACCAGAUCUUUGGUACUCUGGAAUCACUUAUACCUCUGCAUGAAGAUUUGCUGAGUCGCCUCCGAGAUGCCAGAAAACCUGACGGGUCCACAGAUCAUGUAGGACAUAUUUUAACUGACUGGCUGCCGUGCCUCUCUGCCUACACGCCGUACUGCAGUAACCAGGUCAAAGCCAAGGCUUUGUUGGACCAGAAGAAGCAAGAUCGGCGAGUCCAGGACUUCUUGCAGCGUUGUCUCCAGUCACCUUUUAGCAGGAAGCUGGACCUGUGGAACUUCCUGGACAUCCCCCGCAGCCGGCUGGUGAAAUACCCACUGCUGCUCAGAGAGAUCCUCAAGCACACAGCCAACGACCACCCAGAUCGACAGCACCUGGACGAAGCGAUGCUGAUGGUUCAAAGCGUGGUAGCGGACAUCAACAGGCAGACAGGAGAGUCGGAGUGUCAAUACUACAAGGAUCGUCUGGUGUACACAGAGGACGGACAAAGGGACGAACUCAUCGACCGCUCCAAGACCCUCAGUUGCCAUGGAGAGCUGAAGAACAACAGAGGACUCAAGCUCCACGUGUUCCUUUUCCAGGACGUCCUGGUCAUCACCAGAUCCAUGUCGUCAAACGACCAGCCAGUCGGCUAUCAGCUCUGCCGCCAGCCAAUCCCCAUUCGUCAGCUGGACCUGGAAGACCUAUCAGAUGGCGAGAUAAGAGUGGGCGGAUCCAUCAGAGGGGCCUUCAGCAACAAUGAACGAACAAAGAACUUCUUCCGGGUUUCAUACCGUACUGGAGGCCAACUGCAGAGCCACUGCUUUCAGGCUAGUGACGCCUUCAACAAACAACAGUGGAUCAACUGCAUUAGACAAGCCAAAGAAGCUGCAGCACUGACUGGAGACCAGCUGCCACAGACGGGACAUUGUCCAGAGACGGGGGUCAAUGAACAACCAGGGCCACCUGUUGAAACAGUGGGGCUGUGGGGUGUGAAAGGACAGGGCUUGGAGGGAGAGGCAGGUCUGCAUGGACAGCAAGAGCUUGGACUGAGGGAUGGAGAUGGGCUGGGUUUAACUCAAGAGACAAUGACGGGGAAGGAGAUGGAGGCAGAUUUGGGUUUGCAUGGUAAGUCAGAGAUGGACAGAGCACUACAGCUUGUGAUCAGUGAAGCAAAGACAGGUGUGGAGAUGGAGGGAAAUCAGGGUGUUGGUGUGGAGAUGGGAGCUGAACCAGGAGCCACUGUAGACUUUAAGGUGGAUGAAGCGGGACAGACUCUCAGCAGAUGUGAAGAUGCAGUUUCCAUUUCCCUCCUUUCCUCUUCAAUUCCCAAACAAGUAGAGGAUGAAGUGAUGGAGGAGGAGUGGAGCAGUGCUGCAGAAGAAAGAGAGGAUGGUAUGGACACUGGUGAGAUGGACUCACUGCAGUCCCACAGGUGCUGAUAGGAUGGCAUGAAUCAGGACUGGAACUAAACUCAACCAACUUUGGUAUUUAGUAAUGAUGUAACUAACAAAAAGCCAAAUGAAACGUAUAUGAACAAACUUCUUGGGAGAAGUCACGAGACCAACCAGUGCUCACUGCUCACAGACAUACUGCUCAGAAUUAAGCUGAAGGUGGUAAAUGCUUAUACUGUGAUAUGUAUGUAAGAUGUUAAGUCCAGGAGAUAUGGUGAAGUAACAAAAAUGUGCUCCAGGUGAAAUAAAGACUCAGAAAAGGCCAAAUUCAAACAACAUUAGAUCAAAAACAUUAAAUAAAGAAGACAACUGGCCACUGUAUCUGAUGAGAACAGAGAUAAGAUGACAGCAAACAUUACACAUUUAGAAAUAAGUAUAUCUCAAGGAGAUGAGUCAGGAGGAUACACACUUAUUCUCCACAUCGGAGUAAACAGUCACUCCCUAGCAAUGUAAAAACAUUGUUAGGCAGGCAGUGAGACACUCCUCUCCCUUAGGUUAAAUACUCCCAGGACAGUCUCACUGCUGCACCCACUCUGGUUGACCCACGGAUGCAAAAAUAAAAGUCCCUAUAAUAACCUUGGUGAAUUUAGAGUUUUGACUGUUUAAGGAGAAUUGAAAAAGUGAAAUAGAGGAAAUGAUGUUAGCAGUUGCUAAAUGGUGUGUGCAAAGGUUGGUCAUAAGACUGAGGAUUGGAAGUAAUCGUCUCCCGUGCUGCUAUCUGCUGUGUUCUAACUGCAGUUAGCCAUGGAUGUUGUUAAGAGGACUGGAUACCACACCCUGUGGAAGUUGCUCACCAGGCACACACUGCUGAAAGACUGCUCAAAGGCCCUCCCUCACAGGUUUCCUUUCCAGCUCCCCCCUGGCUCCAUCAUAGCUAACAUUAACUCACAUUUUGUACUGGACCCGCCUUUGAAGAAAUAAAUCCUGUUCCAACCACCCCUUACCACCAGCAGAGCUCAACAGUCUUUAUAGUGGUGACCAGGCUGAGAACACUACUUUCACCGAAUGAUAACAAAACGUAUGUCUCCAUUUACUGUAGAAAUCAUCAGUUAUUUGGUUACUCUUAUGUUUGAGGUUAUGAACACAGAAGUAUGGGGGUUGCUCCUGCACAGGCUUCUCCUGGAUAGGCUAACUGCUCACCUCACUGGUCCUGUGAGGUGAGUAGUGGAAAACAGAAAACUGGGAAAUGUGAAAACACUCUUAAUUGUGCCAUCAUCUCAUGUAUUUUUGCUCAUUGGUAUAUUUUACAUACCAAUUCUGUUGUAUAGAUUGGUGGAGACACAGACUGUAUGUAAAACGUGGACUCCUCUGGUUGGAAAAAUAAGUCUGCAGAAUGCCAUAAUUUCAGUCUCCAAAACUAAAGAAGAGAUGUGUUGGAUGGUUUGUACCAAACAGGAAAUUACAGUAUUCUUAGAUAAUUCCUUUAAAAGCAAAGCAACAAAUCUCCUACUUUGAGCCCAAAAGCCCCCCCCGUUCAGUUGUUAUGGAGGGAAAGAAACUAUUCAAUGAAGCCAAAACAUUAAUUGUACCAGGCUGUAAAUAUGUGGUUGUUGGGCAUCUUUGCAUGGGGAGACUAUGGGGAUUGAUUUCCUUUUGGAGCUAGCCCCAAGCGGCCAUGAGAGGAACUGCAGUUAUUGGCAUUUGUACAUUGGCUUCAUUUUUCAGCUCUGGCGGACGUCACUUGGUUUUCAUCUCCUGUUUUAGUUUUCUUGUCAGAUGUGGGAUCGCUUCCUCCUCUGCUGCUAUGUUUCAAAAACUUUUUAAAGCAUGUCUGAAAACACUGGAGAGAACUCAGCUGUACAUUCACUUUUAAUAAGUUAGCAGACUUUAUUUAUCUUCUGUGUUCUGUAGAUUUACAGUUUUUAUCAUGUAUCCCAACAAUAUUUUGUUAAACUGAAGUAGCCUGCAGCAGCUGAAGCUGCUGCUAAGUGAAAUGCUCUGUGUUCAACUCUGCAUUAAAGAAGGAGCCUGUUGUACAUGUACUGUAUGUAUAUAAAGAAUGUAUAUGAAGUAUUUGUGUAAUAUGAAUGAAGGGGGGAAAAAAACAAGCGCUACUGUUUGUUAUAUUCGUGCUUACAUAUUACACACAGAAUGAUUGCUGUCAGCUCCGUCAAUGUUAGCAAGGCUGAAGAUGCUAAUAAUGACAUUUACACUUAAUUAAGGCUGCCAUUUUUUUAAAUGAAUUACACUACUGUGUAAAAGCUUUGAACCACCCCUUCAUUUUUCUAUAUAUCUUGCUAGGGAAAUGGGAAAUAGGUGCAGCACUUUAUUCAAACAUGUAGAAGAGUACAUGGAAAUAGUGUUUAUAGGGCAAAAAAAAAAAACCCUGGAAAGUCAAUAUUUGGUAUGAACACCUUUUCUUAGGCAAGUUUUCUAAUAAUUUCUUUAUGCAGUCUUUGGGAAUAGUUUUCCAUUCCUAUUGAAUGAAAUUCAAAGCUCUUCUUUGGAUGUUGGCUGCUUUUUGCUCUAUUCUCAUAUUUUUGUAGAUUAAACCAAAAGAAAUGGGACCAAAUGGUGUAUUUCUGCUUACUUGUUAUAUGUAGACAACACUGCUACAUCCAUUGAGUUAGAUGCAUUUUUAGUGCUUGAAUGUUUCAUAGGUCAAUGCGAAGUGGUUAAAUAAACAGAGAAAAACAUUCUUCUGAAAAUGUUCAGGUACAAGGACUGGACUGAAAAUUAGUGAAAUAGCAGCAAUUGUCCAAAAAGACUAAUUUUUCACUUAUUGGGAGCACAAUGUAAAGAAAUGAGAGGUGGCUCAAAACUUUUGCAAAGUCCUUAUAAGAGGAGAUUUGGACAUCUCUGCUCAGAGAACACUACCGUGCAAAAACGAACAAGGUGAUUAUAAGUUGAAGUAUUAUUGUCUGGAACAAAGCAUUAAUAAAUUGUUUUAAUAGAAA